AAAGCGUCUCUCACCUUUGUCAAACGGUGAGGUAAUUAGGUCGCCAUUUUGAAAUAUAGGAAGUAGACUGAGACUGAGGAAGAAAGAAAAAUUAUGAGUUCAAGAUGAAAUCUUAAUUAAUUUAGUUACACAGUUGGUAAACACAAUGUUUAAUUGGAAAGGCGCGCUCACGUGCGCCUUUUUGGCGCUGUUUGUUGUGUGGACGUCUGGAAUACCAGGUACUGAAAAAGGGGUUUACCGAUGGAUGGAGAGGGACAAUUUCGAUGUAAUUAUCGAUAGAUUAUCAGAAGUUACCGCAGAAAAUUGUCGAGCCAAGCCAAAAUCCGAACUGACUCUUCCUAAAGAGUCUGUUACACAGUAUCCUAUGUACAAUAAACUACUAAGCAGUGUGAUUCACCAAAAUCGUUCUACUUUAUUGCAUCUUCAUAAUAUGGCGCUAAACAGAGCAUUUUUUUACAGUUUCAUUUAUCAAGCACAGAAUAUGUCAGUAGACUUUUUUAACCAGCCUGGUUUCAUGUAUUUAUACAUGUCUAAUGCUGCUGAUGUGACAGCAGGCGCUGGCUUUGUGAACGGUUCCGGUCUUUACUUUGAUAAUAAUGUGUAUUAUCCAAAUUGGUGGACUAGAAUUGUCGAUUUCAAUAGCACUCUUCCUUUGUAUGGACCAAGAGCGUGGAGAGUUGACGAUUAUGAUGAAGCAACUAAUUGGUUACGCGAACCUACAAACAAUACAGUUGAUAUUCAUGAUUAUGCAGCUGGUCGUUCCAGUAACUAUUCGAGCCAAGCUUUCAAGUCCGCUCCAUGGUAUUCAAACUGGUUACCAGAUAUAUCCGGUGAAACUGAUUCUGUUGACAAAUAUACAUAUGCACCAAAAAUUAGACGCUCAAAUGAGACGGGGAGAUUUGUAAAAGAAGAAUUUAGCAGUAUUCCGUUCUUUGGUCCACCACAGCCUGGUCAAACAGGGUCCAUCAGACUACCAGUUUUGUGGACACAACCAUACUUUGACUGUGGCAGAUCUAACAGGUGGAUCAUCAGUGCUAGUUCACCAGUGACAGAGUACAUGCCAAGAUAUUCAAACUGGACGCAUUUGAGAAGACCAAGGUUUACAGCUGUGGCUACACAGGAUAUAGAGUUUGAGAGGAUUGAUAUCAACCCCUGUCCUGUCAGUGAGGGUAACAAAGAACCUAAUAUGUUUGCUGGCACAGCAAGAUGUAAAAAGUCUACCAUUUGCGAGACCUUGGGAUUUGAGGGAUGGGGCUUCAGAAGAGGUGGUUACCAGUGUGCUUGUCAGCCUGGAUACUACUACCCAUGGUGGCAUGAUGGACCCUUCCUUGGUGAAGAAAUUGAACAAGCUACAAAAGAAGAAUAUGAAAAUGGAUUUGACUGCCUUCCAAUUUAUGAAUUGCAAGUACCUCCUCAGAAAAAUCCUAGUUUUGUUGAUAGAAAGAAGAGAUCUGUAGCAACAUCCCUCAAAGAACAGUUUCUUAGUGAGGUUAUGCCGUCUUCACAAAGUGCAAGGGUUAAAUUAGUUGCUAAAAGAUCAUUAGCAAAAUUAAGGAAGAAACGCUUUGUACCACGAUUUAAAGGAGAAGAGCCACAUAUGAGGUAUAAAAGAGAUUUAUUUGACACAGAUAGAUAUGACAGACUGAAUAAAAUAAUGGACAGAAAAGACACAACAACUAGAUCCAACUGUCAUACUAAACAUUCCUAUGAAAGAUUUCUUCCUGGAGAUGCUGCUUACGGGGUAGAAGCACAGUUUGAAGCCGAAGGUCGUACUGCAUUGCGUUUAGCUCAUUUUCUAAGCAAUUUCCUACAGAACGUUGAUGAAUAUGAACAGUUUGGUAGUAUGGAUGGGGAUAGAAGAUUGAAUGAGACCCAUGUAUUUGGAGAAGUUAUUGCUAAUGUGAUGAGUAACUUCAAGAUUGUGGGAAGUGGGGCCUUCUUUGAUAGAUACAGUUUCAGAAUGUCUCCUCCUAUUAAUAAUACUGACCCUAGGUUUUCCAAUGGAAUCACCAGAGAAUACUUCGGUCCAUAUUCAUGGGUAGAACAUAAGGCUGGAACAGCUGGAUUAAACUUAGAUUUUAAAGCUGAAGACUUUGCUGGCCAUAAAACAUUUUACACGGAUGAACCAUGGUUCCGAAACAUGAAGGCUAGAUGGCAGACCAACUUUGUCAUGCUGAAAAAAUUUACAUUGAAACCAAUGAUCAGGUCAGAUCCAGCAGGAACUAGUUUGAUAAGAUUUGAACAUUAUCCAUUGACAUUUUUUGCACCUAAAUAUGAACAUGGUGAAUGGCUGAGACCAGAGUUCAAAUGUGAUGAAAGGAUAAUGGAUUGGGUAGUCACAUAUGUGGUUCCUUUCUUUGGUUUGGACAGUCUCAAAUCUAGACUAGAAUUCAAAGGUGUAGUAACAGUAGAUGUCAAAUUAGAUUACCUACAGAUAACUCAGUGUCCUGGUCCAUUCUACCAAGCUAAUGCCUUCAAAAAUACAGCAAAGUGUCAUUAUCAAUCAACUUAUUGUAUUCCUACUCCUGGCAGAAUUCCAGAUAAAAGAUAUGCCAUUGGUAAUUACAAAUGUGAAUGUCGCCAAGGUUAUGAGUAUAUAUUCAAUGAUAAUGCCUGGUUCUAUGAUGGGCAAACAAUAGAAAAUGAAUACCAGAAAAUGGAAGCUGGUUUACCUAACAGGUUUGAGACAUUGAAGUGUAGAAUUGCUGGAGCAUCGGCAAUUGUGGCUAACUGGGUUCUUAUUGGUUUACUCUCUGUUGCCUUAGCAAUACUGAACAGAAGCUAAAGAUCUGAUGUGUUAUUUAGAAUCUGGCUUAAAUGAUUUCCAAAUACUUUAUAUCCAAACUAUACACAAAGUGCUUUUGUGAUUAUUCCCGUGUUAAUCUAGAGAUUUAAGUAAAGAUUGAUGAAAGCAUAUGAUCAAUGAAAUAUCAAAACAAAUUACCAUCUUGAAAGUACCAUAGGACAUAGUAAACAAAAAACUUAAUUCUCAAAAUUUUCCAUGGAUGUUUAAUCAUCAAAUACUUAUACUCAAAACCUCCAACUUAAUCAAUAUUAUUAAGAAAUAAAUGAGAUUCCAAUUUUUAUGAUAAUAAUAUUGAGAUUAUAUUCUCCCUUCAAUGAGAUUUGACUUUUGUAAUCAUGAGAUUCAGCAGUUUCUCCUUUUAUAUUCUAUUGAUUUAUAUUUAUAUAUUUUCUGUUUAUCUUUAUUUGUAAACUGAGAUUCUUUUAAUCUUUGUUAGAGAUCUGACUUUUUUCUGAUAUUAAGCAUAUCGUUCUCAUUUGUGCAUAAUGAGUAUUUUUACAUUAUUUUAUUAUUCUAUAAUCGUGAAUUUAUAACAGGAAUUAAUCAUAAAGUAAUUUUUUUUAUUUCCACCAUUUACAUGAAUAAUAAUCUCCAUUUCAAAAAGAAAAUUUAGUUUUGACCUUUAUGGUGAGUGCCCUUAAAACAUUAAAACAUUGAGUUAUAGUAAGAGAUACAAAGUGCAAAUUUCACAGUGUUUGUAGUGCUGUCUGUACAUGUGCAAUACAGACAUAAAUAUUACAGUUUAAUUAUUCAUAUACAUAUUCAAUUAAUGAUUCUUGAUCAAAAAAAGUCAAAUGGAAAAAUACCAUUUUCUGACAUGUUGUAUUCAAUAAGUCAUCUGGUAUCUUAAAUUGUGAUUUAAUUUUUUCUAGUCCUGCAUGUGUCUCAACACUUGCGUGCCUCAAACACCUGUGAAAGUAACAUUCGUUAGAUUUUUUUUAUUCAACUUUUAUAAAAGUUAGUUUGUUUUUUUUUUCUUUUUUUUUUAUGCUGUAGUCCAGAAUUUUGAAAAGACAUAAAUAAAGUUAGGAGAUAUCAAAUAGACUUUCGAAAUUCUUGCCUGUCUUUUACAGUAUACACAUGUAUUUAAUGUAUCAUAAUUCUGACUGAUCAAAGUAGAAAAAAUCAAUAUGAUUAAAUCAAAAUAGAUAUUGUACAUAUUGCAGUUACAGAAAUAGCUCAUAUAAGUAGAGAUUUAUCUAUAUAUGUUAUACUGACCAGAAACAAAACAAACUGAUUUUCAUAUUGUUUUUAUACGACCGCAAAAAUUAAAAAUUUUUUGGUCGUAUAUUGGUAUGACGUUGGCGUCGUCGUCGUCGUCGUCGUCGUCGUCCGGCGUCGUCUGGCGUCGUCCGAAGACACAUUGGUUUUCGCACUCUAACUUUAGUUUAAGUGAAUGGAUCUCCAUGAAAUUUCACCAUAAGGUUCAAUACCACGAAAGGAAGGUUGGGAUUGAUUUUGGGGGUUAUGGUACCAACAGUUAAGGAAUUAGGGGCCAAAAAGGGGCCAAAAAUAAGCAUUUUUGUAACUUUCAGACAAUAACUUGUGUGUAAGUGUAUGGAUCUCUCUGACAUUGUACCACAAGGUUCCAUAUCACAAAAGGAAGGCUGUAAUUGAUUUUGGGGGUAAUUGCCUCAAAAUUUUAGGAAUUAGGGGCCAAAAAAGGGGCAAAAAACAAGCAUUUUUCUAGUUUCAUGACAAUAACUUGUGUGUAAGUGUUUGGAUAUUUCUGAAAUUGUACUACAAGGUUCCAUAUCACAAAGGGAAAGCUGGAAUUGAGUUUGGGGGUAAUUGCCCGAAACGUUUAGGAAUUGGGGGCCAAAAAGGGGCCAAAAAUAAGCAUUUUUCUAGUUUCCAGACAAUAACUUGUGUUCAAGUGUAUGGAUCUCUCUGAAAUUGUACUGCAAGGUACCAUACCACAAAGGGAAGGCUGGGAUUGAGUUUGGGGGUGAUGAAUCAUAAGGGGGUUCAAAAAAUUUGGGGGGGGGGGAUUUUUUUUUUUUUUUUUUUCUUUUUUUCCUUUUUUUUUUCUUUUAAAAUUUUCCAUUUUAAGUUGGUUAUUUCUGAUUUAUAUUUAAAAGCAAAUAAUAAUGAUAUGGUAGGAGAUACACACCAAACAGGAUAUGUAAAUUAUUAUAUAAUAAGUAUUGUGCAAUAGCAAGAAAUUUUCAAUUGCACAGUAUUGCACAAUAGCAAGAAAUCUUCAAUUGCACAGUAUUGCACAAUAGCAAGAAAUCUUCAAUUGCACAGUAUUGCGCAAUAGCAAGAAAUAUCCAAAAGCACAAUAUUGCGCAAUAGCAAGAAAUUGUCAAUUGUACAGUAUUGCGCAAUAGCAAGAAAUAUUCAAUUGCACAGUAUUGUGCAAAAGAAGAUACUUCGUAUAAAUUGCUUAUUUCUUGAUCAAUUUCAAUGGGGUUUUAUUCUUGAAUUCUUGGGGUUCUUUAAUAUGCUGAAUCUAACCGUGUAUUAAGUUUUUGGAUUUUGGGCCCCGUUUUUAAAUUGGUCCACAUUGAGGUCCAAAGGGUCCAAAAUUUAACUUUGUUUGAUUUCAUCAAAAAUUGAAUUAUUGGGGUUCUUUGAUAUGCCGAAUCUAACCGUGUAUUUAGAUUUUUAAUUUUGGGUCCCGUUUUUUAAAUUGGUCGACAUUAAGGUCCAAAGGGUCCAAAAUUAAACUUAGUUUGAUUUUAACAAAAAUUGAAUUCUUGGGGUUCUUUGAUAUGCUGAAUCUAAACAUGUGUUUAGAUUUUUGAUUAUGGGACCAGUUUUCAAGUUGGUCCAAGUUGGGUCCAAAAUUAAACUUUGUUUGAUUUCAACAAAAAUUGAAUAUAUGGGGUUCUUUGAUAUGCUGAAUCUAAACAUGUAUUUAGAUUUUAGAUUUUUGGCCCAGUUUUCAAGUUGGUCCAAAUUGGGGUCCAAAAUUAAACUUUGUUUGAUUUCAACAAAAAUUGAAUAUAUGGGGUUCUUUGAUAUGCUGAAUCUUACCAUGUAUUUAGAUUUUUUAUUUGUGGGCCCGCUAUCAAAUUGGUUCAUAUUGAGGUCAAAAGGGUCCAAAAUUAAACUUUGUUUGAUUUCAUCAAAAAUUGAAUUAUUGGGGUUCUUUGAUAUGCCAAAUCUAACCGUGUAUUUAGAUUUUUAAUUUUGGGUCCUGUUUUUUAAAUUGGUCUACAUUAAGGUCCAAAGGGUCCAAAAUUAAACUUAAGUUUGAUUUUAACAAAAAUUGAAUUAUUGGGGUUCUUUGAUAUGCUGAAUCUAAACAUGUGUUUAGAUUUUUGAUUAUGGGACCAGUUUUCAAGUUGGUCCAAGUUGGGGUCCAAAAUUAAACUUUGUUUGAUUUCAACAAAAAUUGAAUAUAUGGGGUUCUUUGAUAUGCUGAAUCUAAAUAUGUAUACAGAUUUUAGAUUUUUGGCCCAGUUUUCAAGUUGGUCCAAAUUGGGGUCCAAAAUUAAACUUUGUUUGAUUUCAACAAAAAUUGAAUAUAUGGGGUUCUUUGAUAUGCUGAAUCUUACCAUGUAUUUAGAUUUUUUAUUUGUGGGCCCGCUAUCAAAUUGGUUCAUAUUGAGGUCAAAAGGGUCCAAAAUUAAACUUUGUUUGAUUUCAUCAAAAAUUUAAUUAUUGGGGUUCUUUGAUAUGCCAAAUCUAACCGUGUUUUUAGAUUUUUAAUUUUGGGUCCCGUUUUUUAAAUUUGUCUACAUUAAGGUCCAAAGGGUCCAAAAUUAAACUUAGUUUGAUUUUAACAAAAAUUGAAUUCUUCGGGUACUUUGAUAUGCUGAAUCUAAACAUGUGUUUAGAUUUUUGAUUAUGGGACCAGUUUUCAAGUUUGUCCAAGUUGGGGUCCUAAAUUAAACUUUGUUUGAUUUCAACAAAAAUUGAAUAUAUGGGGUUCUUUGAUAUGCUGAAUCUAACCAUGUAUUUUGAUUUUGGACAUUGGACCAUAAUAGGUAAAUUAAAAAAAUUGAAGUUCUUAGACCACAUUCUUUCUGUGUCAGAAACCUAUGCUGUGUCAAAUAUUUAAUCACAAUCCAAAUUCAGAGCUGUAUCAAGCUUGAAUGUUGUGUCCAUACUUGCCCCAACUGUUCAGGGUUCGACCUCUGCGGUCGUAUCAAGCUGCGCCCAGCGAAGCAUUUUAUUGAUCAAUUGAUUUUACUGCAUAAGGAUACUUUUGAUUUCUUUUCAGAGCAAUGGAAAUUUACACUUUUUUGAGCGAUGAUUGCCCAACAAAAAAUAUUUUAAAAAUACAUGUAUUGAAAUAAUGGAUUUAUUUGCAAAAUAUAAGAAGAGGCAAAUAUUUCAAAAACCACUUUUUCAAUCACUAUUUUAUACAAAAAUCAUCAAAACUCAAACUGAAAAUUUAUUGUGUGAUUUGUAUGACUGUACUGUUGAAUGUUUAUUAUAUAUUUUAUAUUUUUGAGUGCAAGAUAAAUGGUGCAAUUAUUGUGUUAUAUAUUUUAGAUAUUGAUAAAAUGUAAAUAUGUAAAUAAUGAUUAUUAUGUAAUUAUGUGUAUAUACAAAAUUAUUUCCAAAUGUGCCAUGAUUUUAUACAUAAAAGAUAUAGUACAAAAUCAUACCUUCUAAUCUCCUAUAUAAUGAACUAGGUUGCCCUUAUUUACAAGAUUCGUGAAUUUUGGAAACACUGAAAGAAACCAGAUCAACCAGGUACUGGAUUAAGCCUUCUUUUUUCUUUGAUCAUUAAAAUUAGAUCGAAAAAUAAAUCUUAGCAAUUUGUGAAUUCUCAUCAGAGUUUGAAAAAUUUGUGAGAAAACUGUUUAAGAGGUUGUAUCCAUUUAUAAUUUUCACUGAUCUCCAGUGGAAAUGUAAUGAAUUUUUUAUUUUUGCCAUUAUAUAAUUCCAAUAGUCUUCCCAUCAUUAGCAUGACAAAUAAAAUAUGUUUACUUGAAAAAACAUUCUGUGGAAAAAACCAUAGAACUAGAAAGGGGGUGGGGAGGAAUGAUCUUAAAUCUAUAUAAGGUUGACAAUAAGACUUCUUUAACUAAACUGAAUCUUGCGUAUUAAUGGUUGUUAUAAAUUGUUUCACAUUCCACAUUGUUUUAUAUGAUGUACAAAUGUUUUAAUACAUAUCAAAUUUUACUUUGUACUAUGCAUUUUAUAUACUAUUUGAAAAUAAAAUUAUUUUUCUAUUCAGUGAUUUUUACGCUUGCAUAAAUUGCUGAAGAGGAAAGAUUGAGAUAGUU